CUCCGCACAAUGCGGGCUGCCGGUCGAGCGGGGAAGCGGCUGCGCCCCCCUACUCGGCGCCGAGACCGGUAGAGAUGCUCCGGAGGAGGCUCCCCGCAGCCGCCGCAGGAAGGCCAGCUCACCUCAACCAUCGCAUGCCCUGGUCGGGACACCAUCAGCAACAUAUAAAUGGCCUCAAAAAGGCACUCAGAGUCUCUGGACCCUGUGAUUUUCAACAAGCUACAUCGGCUGGAGAUGGAGACCACCACCACCACCUUCCCUGCCAGCCUAUGCAAAUCCAGCCCCGUGCCCAACCCUGGCUCUGAAAACCAUUUCAACUACAAGGGCUCCUACUUUGCCUGCCCACUGCAGAGUCCUGACCACCCUGAGCAGCCCGCAGUGCGCUGGAGCCCGGCGCCUGCCUACGUGCACUACGGCCCUGCUGCCAACAGCCAGCCCCCCUCAGCAGAGGGGCCGCCGCUGGGCUGCCUGCUCUACCGACCUGAGAGCUUGGGCAGCGGGCUGCAGCCCACGGGCACCGAGAAGGGCAAGGACAGCCUGAUGAGGGAGCUGCUGCUGGUGAGGGAGAGGCGGAGCAGCCCACCACCGGCACCGGGUCACCCCUUCCCGGCGAGGGCACCGGUGGUGGCGGUUAACAAGGUGACGCCCCUGGCUGUCCCCAAGCCGGUAUACAGAGCCCCCUCCACCUGCUUCAUGGACCCCAGGAUGGCUCUGCCACUGGGACCCCGGGCUGAAAGCCUGCAGCAGAGACCUGGGGAUGCAGACUGGACUCUGCCUGCUGCCACCCCUAGUAGCCACCCUCUCCACCCCAGUGAGCCCCGUGGUGGCACCGGGCUGCACAAGCGGGGUCCCCAUUCUGACCCUGGUCUCCCAACGCUGCACCCCAGCCUGGCACUGCCCACCAAGGAUAAGGUGGGCUCCCCCAUCACCUUCUCUCCCUACUACAUUGCCUUUGAGAAAUACAGGCCCUCUCCUGGCACCCCCUUCCUGGAAGCCAGCUGCCCCACUGCCCAUAGCCAGCAGAAGGCACCUGAGGUGCCCAGCCUCAGCCCAGACCCCUGGGUCAAACUCCAGCCACCCAGCCCAGCAUACCGAGAGAGGCCACCGGUGUGCUACCCCCUUACCCACUACCCACUGCCCCUCCAGAAAGCUGCCCUCCUCUACCACCCCUUGGCUCCCAACAUGGAGGCACCACCCAGCCCCCUGCCCAGUGCUUACAACGGUUUCAGCUUUACCGGGGGCGGGGAACCCUUUCCUGGCUCUUACCUGAAGCCCCAAGCCCCAGCAAGCUACUUGCCCAGCCGCUUGGACACCUACACGGCAAGGACAGUGGGCACGGGCACGGUGGCAUCGCCUCCUGCCAAGUCAGUGGCACUGCCGAGGGAUGGCGAGUCACCGCAGCGAGCUGGCUACGUGCCAAGCCCCAGCUUCACCUUCAGCCCUGGUGACAGGACGGGCUUGGGCACGUCCUUUGCUGGCACGGAGCCGGGCUGUGAGCGGCGCCGGGCGGAAAGCCCCCAGCAGCGAGCAGUGCCGAGGGAUGAUGGUGCUUCCCAACCCGCCCGCACCCCAGGGAAGGUGUCCGGGAACUCUGAUGGGCUCACAGGGACAUUGCCCGGCCCUGUGGAGCAGGAUGCUCCUUAUCCUGGGAGGAGGGCCAGCCCAGCUCCCCAGGAGACCCCCCACGGAGGACCACCAGCCACCACUGAUGUUGAGAAGGGAGAUGCCGGCAAGGUGAAUGAUGCGGAGAAGGAGCUUGUCCCAUCAUCAUCAACUUCCUCCCCAGACAGGCUGAAAAGCCCCAGGGAUGGUGAAGUUUCUCCUUCCUCCCCACCCAUGCCGGUGAUCAACAACGUCUUCAGCCUGGCACCUUACCGAGACUACCUGGAGGCCUCAGCACAGGCCCCCUUCUGCAGGGAACAUCUGCAGGGGGACACCUCGACCCAAAACACGGGGGGCAGCCAGGAGCCUGCUGUCCUUAGAGACAACUCAGUGAUGUCCAGCCUGCUGCCCCUGGGCAUGGCAGCCAGCCAGGAGCUGGAGAUGGGCAGCAGCACGGUCCAGAGCGAAGGGGAAAGCUGUUACACAAGUAUCCCCAAAAAGCCAAAGCUUGCACCUUCAGACCCAGAGUCUGAGGAGAGCAGUGUUGGGGGGCUGGGGAGUGGGGAGCCAGCCCCUGAGGACACAGUGCUGGACCUCAGUUUGAAGAAGAACAUGGUGAAGGCCAAGGAGAUCCAAGGACCCAGCAGCCAUGUGGAGGGGACUCCGGACAGGGAGGGUGUGGAGCAGGAGAAGGAGGGUCCAGGCAGGAAGGAGGUGGUGGGAGAAGGGACCACGCCCCAGGUGUUGCCCUUGAUGCUGGAGGUGUACUCUGUGGACAAGAGCAACUUCCAGAGCUCUGCCACCUUCAUGUUCAAAAAAUUCAAGAUCCUGCGCCCCCCACAGCCCAGCUCCUUGCCCCCCACGCAGGCUGGCAGCCUCCCCACACCUCAGCCCAGCCUGCUGCCAAUGCCAGCCCCCUCCAGCAGCGUCCCCACCCCGCUGCCAUGGACCCCUCCGGCUUCCCCGCUGCCACCCACCAGCAGCCCCCCAGCCCCCCAACCCAGCAGCUUGGUGCUGCGGGGCACUGGGCCGGACCCACAGCAGCCUCUCCUGCCUGAAGCCCUGCGUGUGCUGCGGGAGGAGGUGGUCUCACUGCUCAGGCAGCGGUCUGGCUCCCAGACCACCGCCGGGCAGUAUUUCACCACCAUGCACAGCUGGCUCUGCGACAUCAUCUCCUGCUCUGUGUCUAGGUCCUCCCCAGAGCUCCUGCAGGAGUGGCUGAAGAAGGCAGAGCCUGCAGAGGAGCUCGGAGAGGUGCCCAGAUCCUCCCCCAAGCCCAAGAAUGGCUCCAGGGUGCCCGAACCUCAGAAGCCUACCAAAGGCAAGGAGAUCUGGCUGGCUUUCCAGGAUGUGGACACUCUCCUCCCCAACCUGCUCUCUCAGUUGGAGACUUUCAUGUUUUCUCGCAAGUGUCCUUUCCCCCACGUAGUGCGGGCAGGGGCUGUCUUCAUCCCCAUCCACGUGGUGAAGGAGAAGCUCUUCCCCAAGCUCCCCGGGGCCUCUGUCGACCAAGUGCUGCAGGAGCACAAGGUGGAGCUGCGCCCCACCACGCUCUCGGAGGAGAAGCACUUGAGGGACCUGGAGCUGAAGAGCUGCACCUCUCGCAUGCUGAAGCUCCUGGCACUCAAGCAGCUCCCUGACAUCUAUCCAGACCUGCUGAAUCUCCACUGGCACAACUCCAUCAAGCGGCAGCUCAGUAGUCCUGGCCUGGAGGCACUGAAAGCUGAUGGCAAAGCGAUAACCGCAGAGGGCAAAGUGAUAGUGAUGGAGAGCACAAAGUAAAAAGGAAGCACAAAAGAACGUGUCAUGGGCAACAGCUGAGCCACCUGCCCUUGAGAACGGGGAAGAGAAGGUCCCCUUUGUCCCCAGAGUAGGGUCCCCUCCUGGCAGUGACAUGGAUGCCAAGGUGAAGUAGAUGGUCACCAGCAAACCUGUGGGGAGAUGCUCCCACCAGCAGAGCAGCUGGGAUGAGGACCCAUCCUCCUGGGAUGUUGGUGCCUGGAGACCCACUGGUAGCAUGGGGAUCCUCUAAGGAUGAUGUUCAGGGUGGAGAACACGCUCCAGAGCUGUGAGCAGGGGUAGCUGGCAUGGGACCCUGGCCCAUGGGGAUGGGCUCAAGCCCCUUAUGGCAGCUGGAACUGCGUUUCUGUUGAGGCAGCAGCUUUGAGGACAUCUCCUGCCUCCAUCUGUGACUGGGAGGGCACAGCUGGAUUCCCAGGGAAGCUGAAGGACUGGAGCAGCAUUUUCCUGCGAGAGGAACAUGGAAAUGGCCACAACAAAGUCCUCAGCCUUGGCAAAAGCUGCCUGGCUGCUGCAGGGGCCAUCAGCCACCAGCCCUCCUCUCUCCCAGCAAACAUCCCUUUCUCCGGGGAUUUCAGCUCUCAAGUCCUACAGAGACUUCACUGCAGGUUAGAGGUCAAGGGAAAAGAAACUUCUGUAGCCACAGGAUGGGUUUUGUUGCUGUUUUACAUGAAGACGUUGUAAAGAUGUUACAGAUUCACCACAAGAUGCUGCUGCCUUCAGGGUAUGUGCUGGGGGGGUUGUAAAAACAGUAAUUUAUACCUUUUUGGAGGUGUGGGGGGGGAAGGGAGGGGAUAUUUAAACUCAUGUCCUCACCCAUUUGCUCUGCUGGACCAAGGAACCAGGCUGGUGGGGCUGAACGUUUCAAGUCCUACCUACAGCUGGAAAAUACCCCCCCACACAAAAAGAAAAAGGCUGUGAGGACAAUGUCAAAGCUGCCAAAGAAAAACCACAUCACCACCCAGACCCCAGCCGGCCCCAAAGGGAGGUGAAUGUGUUGGGGAUGACCUUCCUGGCACCACGGAGACCUCAGCAUGAGGAGAUGGGAGCAAGACCUCAAAAGGAGAGGAUCCCAGAUGAGCUCCAGAGGUCCCUUCCAACUCCUACCAUUCAUGCCACAGGCACUCUAGGGUUGAUUGGUAGCUCAGCAGGGAUCCAUUCCAUCCCACGGGUGUGCAGCAGCAGGAUGCAGCAGAGGCCUUACAAGCUCGACACUCAGGUGUUUUUCCAGCUGAUUCAAGGGCGUGGAGUAACAGCAAUCAGGACUGAUGUUACUUUUUUAUUUCACUACAGGAAAUAUUUAUUCUAAGCUAAGAACACAGGGCUGGGAAAACCCAAACAAAAGAACCCCCAACCUUACCCUGACCCCGGGGAUUUUUCUAGCCCCCAAAAUGUGUUUGCCAUCCUGGGGAGACAUCUGGUGCUGCUGCUGCUGCUGCUUCCCUGUUUUCUGUGAGUGGUUUCUGGUUUACCCACUAGGGAUGGACUGGGCAUGGUGGGGACAGGGAAAGGAGGAGGUGCUGCUGGUCUCCUCGGGCAGCGUUUGGGAAGGACAGGGUGGGGUUUGGAGCUGUACACUGGGGGCUGGGGAGGGAGCUGCCUUCACUUUAUUUAAUGUUUUUGUAAGGAUUGGGAAUUUUAAAAGGUGCCUUUCCAGAUUAAAAACAACAAAAAACA